AUGGAACAAAAAUGGAGACCCCCUCCCCUUGGGAUGUUCAAGGUCAAUGUGGAUGGAGCUACGUCAGGUGAUGGCAAUCCGUCUAGCAUCGGGGUGAUUAUUAGAGACAACAGAGAUGAAACCAUCACUGCUUUAUGUAUGUCACUUAAUGGUCAAUACCCAAGCCUGGAGAAUAAAGUCAUUGCUCUAGAGAAGGGAGUUCUUUUAGCAAAAGAAAUGGAGCUGCAACAGAUCAUGUUAGAAACUGAUGCACUCAUAGUGGUUCAAAGCUUGUUAGCAGGUGACAAAGAGGGAGACUUAGGACAUCUUCUUGAAGGGAUCAGUGACACCUUGAAUUCUUUUAGCAGUUGGCAGAUUAAGCACCUGAAAAGGAACUGCAACAGGGUUGCUCACGAGCUAGCACAACUAGCAAAAUGUACUAGUACGAAGCAAGUUUGUAAGGGAGUUUCACCUCCUACUGUGCAACACCUGAUCCAGCUAGAAAAAGCCUAA